AUGGGCAUUAUCCCCGAUAAUGGCUAUCAUAGAGACUCGAAUCAAUCAGCAAUUGCUUUAAAAUUUCUACGCUGGCUUGCACACAAGACAGGUCUUCAAGUUCAACAUCAAGAAAGUCCAGAAGGAGAAAAAAGGGUGCGCGUUUCUGAUGGAAGUAUUUUGCGUCUCGAUGGGUAUAUUAAAAACAUUGGAGGAGUAGACCAAGCUAUUGAAUUUUUGGGAUGUGCAUGGCACGGGCAUGAAUGGUAA